AUGGCCAUCAAGACAAUUAGUCUCCUUGCUCUCCUAAGCAUUGCUUUCCUUGCAUCAGCUGACGAAGGAUCAGGUGUUCUUGUACUUACCGACGCCACUGUUGAUAAAGCUAUUGCAGAUAAUCAAAAUAUCCUUGUAGAGUUUUAUGCACCAUGGUGUGGACACUGCAAGAGACUCGCUCCUGAAUACGACAGAGCAGCCACCUUAUUGAAAGAAAGAGGUUCAAAAGUUGCCAUUGCCAAGGUCGACGCUACCGUUGAACAACAAGCCGCCUCAUCCAGACAAAUCAGAGGAUACCCAACACUUAUUUUCUAUCAAAACGGAAGGGAACUCGAAAAAUACGAAGGAGCAAGAACUGCUGAAGCCAUUGCUGACUAUCUUCAAGCCAAGGCUGGAGAAAAAAGAGUAGAGCUUUAA